AUGGGAGGCGGCAUGGAUUAUCCUCCAGGACGAGGUCCUCAAGAACGAAGCCGACACGCCGACGCCGGGCAAAAUGACAACUUCUAUGCGGUGGUCGACAUGGGCAGUAAUGGCAUCCGAUGUUCGAUCUCGGACUUGACUUCCCCGACGACCCGUGUGAUUCCCACAGUCCAUUUCCACCGAGUCAACAUUUCCCUUUACGAGGCGCAGGUCGAUCCGAACACUGGGGAGCGUGUGCCCAUAUCGCAGCGGGUCAUUGAUCGUGUGGUGAGCGCCAUUGUACGGUUUCAAAUCAUCUGUGUGGAACUUGGCGUGCCCGCCUCCAACAUCCGUAUCAUUGCGACUGAGGCUACCCGGACGGCGAUCAACUCAGAAGCGUUCACAAACGCCAUUCUUUCUAAAACAGGCAUAACGGUUGAGCUUCUGCGCAAGGAAGAAGAAGGCAUCAUUGGAGCAUGGGGAAUCGCGAGCAGCUUUUCCGAUGUGGAAGGCCUGGCAUUAGAUCUUGGCGGCGGAAGCAUGCAGAUGACCUGGAUUAUCUCACAUACUGGCAGUGUUCGCAUCAGUCCACUCGGUGCAGUGAGCUUCCCUUAUGGAGCGGCCGCCCUGACUCAGAAGCUUGCGGAUUUAAAACGGAACAAAAGCGAAGAAGAUGCAAAAAAGGCAACAGAAGAGUUCCGCAAGGAGAUGGCCGAUAACUUCCGCUCUGCCUUUGAGCGCCUCAAGGUUCCCGAAACCCUGAAGGCCAAAGCUCACGCCCAGGGAGGGUUUCCACUUUACCUCUCUGGGGGUGGUUUCCGCGGCUGGGGAUAUCUUCUGUUGUACUUGCACCAGACUCGGGGUCAAAACUAUCCCAUCUCCAUCAUCAAUGGCUACACCGCCCCCAAAGCGGACUUUGAGAACACCGACGCUCUCAAGGAGGUGGCUCGCACUGCGGAUGAGAUUUUCCGAGUAUCCGACCGACGGCGAGGCCAGGUUCCCUCCGUCGCUUUCCUUGUCAACACGCUAGCGGAGUCAUUACCGUAUGGUAUCAAGGAAGCGCAUUUCUGCCAGGGAGGUGUACGAGAGGGUGUGCUCUUUCGGGAAAUGCUCCCGGUGGUUCGCCAACAAGAUCCACUCGAGGUUGCAACCGCUCGAUAUGCGCCUGCGUCGGCACAGGCGAUUGCGGCUUUAAUGCUGGCCUCCCUACCCCGCCCUGGUCAGUCUCGAUCGGUGCCGUCCGUAAUCACUGUCCAUUUGGUCCAGUCUUUCGCCAACAGUCUGUACGUUCAUGCCUCAAUGGCGAAGGAGGUCUCGUCAAGUGCAGCGCUGUUCAGCACAAGUACGGGGAUCUUGGCCUCGACGCAUGGAAUCCCUCAUGCUCAUCGAGCUCUCUUGGCUCUGAUGCUCCAAGAGCGCUAUGGCGGCGAGCUGCCACCGCGGGACAUUGGCUUCAAGUCCCACAUGCAGGGAAUUCUGACUCCGGAAGAAGUGUGGUGGACCCGGUAUCUUGGCAAGAUCGGUUACAUUAUCGGUCAGAUCUAUCUCACGGGUGCUAUCGAUACUUCAAAGCCUCGCAUCGUCCCCUCCGCGAAGUGGGUCAAUAAUUUGGGUAAAAAGGAAGACCAGGAGGGGGUAGAGUUGAGGAUCGCCAUUCAAAAAGUUUCUUAUGAUCCCACUCAACUCAAAGAAGAGCUUCAAAAAGAUACGCGGAAACUGGAGAAGGUGGGGAAACGCAAGAAUUGGAUUGGAGGCCGAGAUGGCUGGGGGUUGAAGGUUCGUGUACUGGUCGAAGAAGAAGAUCUGUUAGUGAGCCCGACUUUGGCGACCUUCCAGUGA